AGUCAUUUCGACCAGCCUCCUGCUGAACGGGACAUCUUUGGAGUGAGCACCACACUUCAGGGUGACCAUGAGGACUCCUGGCCACGCUGCCAUAAGAUGGCUGUUUUGGAUGCCCCUGGUGUAUUCUGUGGCAAUGGGGCAACUGCAGAGAGACCCUACCCUGGACUACCACUGGGACCUCUGGAAGAAAACCCACGAGAAAGAAUACAAGGAUAAGAAUGAAGAAGAAGCACGGCGUCUCAUCUGGGAAAAGAAUCUGAAGUUUAUAAUGAUUCACAAUCUGGAAUACUCUAUGGGAAUGCAUACCUACGAAGUGGGCAUGAACCAUAUGGGAGACAUGACCAAUGAAGAAAUCUUGUGUCAGAUGGGUGCCCUGAGAAUUCCCAGCCAGUCUCCGAAGACUGUCACUCUCAAGUCACGCUCUAAUAGGACAUUGCCUGACACUGUGGACUGGAGAGAGAAGGGCUGUGUCACUGAUGUGAAAUACCAGGGUUCUUGCGGUGCCUGCUGGGCUUUCAGUGCCGUGGGGGCCCUUGAAGGGCAGCUGAAGCUGAAAACGGGGAAGCUGGUGUCCCUCAGUGCUCAGAACCUGGUGGACUGCUCAAACGAAGAAAAGUACGGGAAUAAAGGCUGCGGGGGAGGCUACAUGACCGAAGCUUUCCAGUACAUCAUUGAUAACGGGGGCAUCGAGGCAGACGCUUCCUAUCCCUACAAAGCCAUGGAUGAAAAGUGUCACUAUAACUCACAGAAACGAGCUGCCACGUGUUCAAGGUACAUUGAGCUCCCCUUUGGCGAUGAGGAUGCCCUGAAAGAAGCGGUGGCCACUAAAGGGCCUGUCUCUGUGGCCAUCGACGCCAGCCAUUCCUCCUUCUUCCUCUACAAAAGCGGUGUCUAUGAUGACCCCUCCUGUACUGACAAUGUGAAUCAUGGUGUUCUUGUGGUUGGCUAUGGGACUCUUGAUGGCAAAGAUUACUGGCUUGUGAAAAACAGUUGGGGCAUUCACUUUGGUGAUCAAGGAUAUAUUCGGAUGGCAAGAAAUAAUAAAAAUCAUUGCGGGAUUGCUAGUUAUUGCUCUUACCCAGAAAUCUAAACCAUUUCUUCUUUUUCUAACAAGUCACAAAGAUGGAAUCUACUCUAACUUAACUUGCCUGCUCUAUCCAGAGGAGCCAGGUGUGUCGUGAUCAGUGUGUAGUUACUGUUCUAACUAGGUUACAGAUUGUUUGCUUUAUAACUUUACCUCUCUCUGAAAAGUCUGUAAACUAGAAUGUACUGUAGAUGGAGCUCUAUCAGUGUCUGUCCCCAUUUUUGUUGUCUAAUGUUUUCUAAUAACCGUUUGUAACAUGAUAGCCCCAAAGUGCUUAAUAAAAUCUGUCAUUUCAAAUCUC